AAAAUAUAAUAACAAGUAUUCUAUCGCCAGAACCUCAUUUUCAUAUCCUCUUACCCCAUAAAUAUAUUUCAAAGUGCAGUUCCUAAUAAAAUAUUUGACUUCAGAUACAGAAAGAGAAUGCCUCACUUACAAACAAGAUCCUUCAAGACUCAGACCCAGGUCCCCUUCGGACGUUUCCCUCAAACAUUCAUAAAAGCUGACUCAUUAGCACACACACUUCUAUAACAAUAUGAACCCAGAAGAACGUAUCAAACAGACACGCUCGUAUAAUCCCAAGUGCAAAUAUUGGCAGUACAGACUUAUUGUGGAGGCUUUGGAGAAGGCAGAGCGCCUGAUCGACGAUAAAAUCGAACAUGCCCAGUCCAACACAUCACUGAUACCUUCACUAAGGAUUGAUGACUAUGCUCGUGAUAUAACUAUAUGAUCCGCUUAAGUAUGCAGACUUGGCGGAUUUAGAGGCACGCAUGGCUGCAGAACUAGAUGCGUCUGGCUAUGUAUCGUCCAACGUCAUCACACCAACGGAAAAAUCACUGGAGUUCUUCAGGGAACAGCAGAGAUUCAUGGAUAAUCAGGAUUACCAAAGAGAAGACCACAGAGAUGCCCGUCGCAUUCUCAAUAUUGCGAACCCAAGGGUGCCACGUAUGAGGUCGAUGAAUCGAUCUGCUGUCCUCAAGUUUUGGCAGCCAGUCGCUAUCGCCCGAAUCCUUGAGAUCCACCAAUCCCCUUACUUACGCGGGGCCAUUCUGGGUGAUUCCGUCGGGCUGGGCAAAACUUGCGAGACCAUCGCUGUCAUACUUAAGAUCUGGGAAGAUUAUAAUCAAUCUGUGAUCGAUUCCAAACAACAAGGCCGACCCAUUCCAGCAGGCCGACCAUUCCUGGUUAUUGUUCCUCCGGCUUUGAUCUCACAAUGGUACUCGGAGAUCAACCGAGUAACUGAUAAGUUCACAGCAUUCAUCUAUUAUGGGGAAGAGCGACCGGUGCAGGGAAUGCGCACGGUUGGUUCCCGACUACGAAAAACUGACACCAUUUUCGAUGGCUCACCGAUCAACGCCCGAACUGUGGUCAUUACCUCGUAUCAGACAUUUGCAUAUCGCCACGGCCUGACUGCCGUGAAGGCAUGGUAUAGCGAAACCAAGGAGUUCUGCCCAAAAGUGCUUCUACGCUGUCCGGUUGAGUUUCUCUUUUCUCUCGAUAGUUGCUUUACCGAUGUAAUCCUCGACGAGGCCCAUAUACUUCGAAACCCAGAGACCUCGCAGUCAAUAGCGGUACACUGGUUAGAAGCCAACUUUCACUUGCUUAUUACUGCCACUCCGAUCUACAACUCUCGGAAGGAUUUUGAGGGAUAUGUACCUCUACUGUUCCAGCCGUCGAGCUUAUGGGAUAAAUUGGACAGGGCUCAACUGCAGCAUUUUCGAGACCAGAUAUUCUAUCUGCCUCUCGGACAUCCUGCACGCCGUCUUUGCUGCACAGUACAAGCAGUCGAAGACUAUGUCUUGGCUGAUCGGAUGCCGCCUAGCGUGGUAGGGAACCGGCUGCAAUUGAUCUUUAGCCAGUUGAUGAUCUGACGUACCUUAUCAUCACGUAUGCCGUUUGAUUCACCAAAUACCAUUGGAGAUGAUAUCCCGCCAACCCAGCGAAAGAUCUGCCGCGUGGAAUACACCAAGAACGAGAGAGCAAUGUUUCAAGCGGUUUCACCUGGUCUAUAUCAGGGAUUAAUCAUGAAAAGCAAAAAUGAUUCCCAAAAAUAUAUCUGGAACAUGAACAAGUUCCGCCGGCUGGGUUUACUGAUGUCCUG